UGAAUCCCUUCUCACUCAAAACACUGAAAGAACACUUCGCUUCGCUCUCUCACCUCCUCUCAGUGCUUCAUUUCGGUCGUACGUGGCGUUAAAAAGUUUGUAUGGUGGUGACUUCAGAAUGUGGAGGGCAGUCCUGAUUUUAUGUCAACUUUUUGUAUCCGUUCGGCUUCUCCAGUUUCCCGUUAAUUCGACAGGGACCAUCAGACCUCAAGACUGCACCAUCGACUGUAUCCGUCAGGGGAGACCCGGGUGUGACUUUUGCAGAAUAACCAGUGAUGACAUCAAUCAAGUUCUUGGCUUGACCUCCAAAAAUGUGUUGGGAAAUUGCAUCCCCUGGCCGUGUCUUCAGCUAUUGGGUGACGAGGACCCCAGCAUCUGUCAGCACUAUGUUCAAGCGCCCACUGAUGUGCAAGUCGAGUUUGUACCCAAUCUGGAUCCUAAUUCCGACACCGUUGUUGUCUCCUGGAAGCCAAGCCAAUAUGGUAUUGCCUUCCUGCGAGGCUUUCAGGUGACAAUGCAGCCCUUGACAGGUUCCGCUGCUUCCUGUCAGCUUUUUCUUUUCCGGAGAAACCUCACGCUCUCAGCUUCUCACGCCGAAAAGGUCUACAAGUCAGACCCGUUUCCCGGCCUCCCCCUUGGGUCCCAUUAUGCCAUUACUGUUAUGGCUGUGCCGGUGCCUGAGAGGUGGGAGCGCUUCUAUCGGAGCAAGAUCUUCACCACACGCUCAUGUGAAGAGAAAAAUGGAUUUCAGAACUGCAAAGCAGACUGGUAUCCGAAGCAUGUUGAGGUUCAGCAAAGAGGAACUGUGAUCACCGUCACAUUCAACUUGGCGCCUCUUAGCUUGGGCAUCAAAACGUACUUCACUAUUUGUUCAGCAAACGGCAAGACCACGUACACAGAGAUUGCACCUAAUUAUUCCUUAAACCGAACCCACCACAGCUUCGAGCUCAGAGACCUCAUAGAAGGAAGCAAUUACACAUGCGAGAUUGCCGCAAACGAAAUUGAUGCCGUGAGGAAAUUGUUCAGAUUUCAGGUCAAGCACUCAGAAGUUGUCUUCGUAUCUCCGAGCUGGACUCUGCUGCUUCCCCUGUGCUGUGCUGCAGUGGCCAUUUUUGUUAUCCUGUGGGUCAUUAUCAGGCGGUGUCACUGUGCACGAAUGAACAAGUCGAACAUCAAAUCAGAGUCAAUAAGGCAGCUGGAAGAAGUGAAGGCCCAGGAGGAAGUGAUGAUACUGUCUGAGAAAUGCAAGAACCCUCCUCGUCUUUUGAUCUGCUACAGCAGUAAUGAUGGGCCCGCCCACGUCAAUGCGGUCAUGAAGCUCGGAGCCUUCAUGCAGCAACACAUGGCGACUCAGGUGUGUCUGGACCUUUGGGAUUCCCUGAGGAUGGCCGAGGAAGGAACCUUAGAGUGGUUCUGCCAUCGGAUGCAGGAAAGCGACUUUGUCUUGGUUAUUUGCUCCAAGGGUCUGUGUCGCAAAGGUGGGUCUUCAGAACAAGACCUCUUGGGUUCUGAGUUAAUGGUCAGCCUCAUCGGAGCGGAAGUGGGCCGAGCCAAAUCUGACGGCAGGGACCUCUCCAAGUACAUGGCAGCGAUAUUUAAUUACUCAGAGGAGGCAGAUAUCCCCACCGAACUGGGUCUGGUCUUCCGCUACAGGCUGACCGCUGACUUGCUGCUGCUUUUCUCACAACUGCACCAAGUGCGCCUUCACACGCCAGGCCGCUAUGUCAAGAUAAACAAUAUCUCAGAGCAAGAUUUUGCCAUGUCACCUUCUGGACGGGCUUUGCAGCAGGCGAUCAGUGACUCGGAGAAGGCGAUGAAGGAAAGCAGUUAGCAGGAAGGCAGAGAAGGAAAUGCAAAGGAGAAAUAAAUGAGAAUACUUUUUUAUAUUCUUGCUGAUAUUUUACAGGCUACCCUAUAUUUUCUUAACUGAUAACCUAUUUAAAAAAAACCAAACAGAACCCCCCCCCCCCCCCCAAAAAAAAACACCAUUCCAUACCAGCCAAAGUUAAUAACCUGUAGUGGACCAUCUGAAGUUAAUGACAGCCGCUAACCUCUCCUAAGUGGCCUGAAAUGAAGAUGUAGGAAGCUAAACUGUUACCGCUGAUGUGCCCCAUGAACAUUAUACUUCUACCUCAGCAAUGCACUUUGACCUAAGAAAUGUGUCGAUAUUGUAUUAAUUGUAGUUAUUUGCACCACAGGAUGUAUGACAGCUUGAAAUGAACGUACUCCGAAACAAGUGUUCUCAUAAAGUUUCCUGUUCUAUGUAAAGAAAUAUUGUGAAGCAAAUGUCACAAUGCUGUGAUUGCUGAUUUUUAUGAAUAAGCUAUUUGUGGUGUAGUUGGAUGGAUAUUUAUUACAUCAGUGUAUGUGUAUUACACUAAAUCAUAUAUACUGUGCCAGAACAAUAUUCAAAUGAGUAUGAAUGUGUGAAUUGUGGUUUUCUAAGUUGUGAGUAGGAGUCAAGUUUGUGUACGAUGGACAAUGAGUACUCACAUUGACUUUGACUUGUUGGAUUGUAAUGUGUGUAUUUCAACGAACAAUUCAAGUAGUAGUCAGCUUUUAUAAACACAAUUUACACAGAUUCAUUUUUCCAAUGUCUGGCAGUCCUUGUGUCGAACCUCAUCCCACUAAAAUGGGUUCUCCUUCUCUUUGCACUGGUUGUGAACUAUGCAUUUUGUGAUAUUUAUGAUAUGAUGUACAGUUAAUGAUGUAACUUUUUAUACAAGCUCUUCUGUGAAACAUAUGUACAAGACAUCAGAGUAGAGGAGACAAUCUUUGUAAUGUAUAAACGACUUAUUUUGUAUAGUAUGUUAUCUAUUGCUUUUCUAUACCCAAAAUCUAAUAAAGUACCCUCGGGUGUA